CUUUCUAUUUCCAGGCUCUGUUCAGUUCAUACAUAGAGAGAGAGAGAGAGAUUACACUUCUUUCUCUGUCUGAGUAAAAGGAAACCAAAAACACUUAACCAUGGAGUUACUAACGGGUUGUGGUCAGAACCAGCCCGAGUCGGCUGGUUCCUCGUCUACUACACUAAGUGGUGGACUCAGGUUUGGUCAGAAGCUCUACUUUGAGGAUGGAUCCGGAGCCGGGUCAAGCAAGAACCGUGUUAAAAGUACUAGUCGUAAGUUGAUGACAGCUAGGUGCCAAGUGGAAGGUUGUAGAAUGGAUCUAAGCAAUGCUAAAACUUAUUACUCAAGACACAAAGUGUGUUGCAUUCACUCAAAGUCAUCUAAAGUCAUUGUGUCUGGUCUUCACCAAAGGUUUUGCCAGCAAUGUAGCAGGUUUCACCAGCUUUCGGAGUUUGACUUAGAGAAACGAAGUUGUAGAAGACGGCUCGCUUGCCACAACGAACGAAGAAGAAAGCCUCAAGCAACAACCACUCUCUUAACUCCUCAUUACUCCAACAUCGCUCCAUCUCUAUAUGGGAAUGCCAUUAGAAGCGUUUUGGGAGAUCCUACUAGGUGGUCAACCACAAGAGGUUCUGCACCAUGGGAAAGCCAUCAGCUGAUGAAUGUUUUCCCAUAUGGAAACUCGAGCUUUACUAAUAGCACAGACUCCAGCUGUGCUCUCUCUCUUCUGUCAAACUACACAAACCCAAACCAGCAGGAACAACAACCACUUCAGACACCAACCAAUACAUGGCGACCAUCUUCUAUUGCUGCUGAUAGGGUAACAAUGGCUCAGACACCACCCGUUUCAAUCCAGAAUCAAUACUUGAACCAAACAUGGGAGUUCAUGUCAGGGGAAAAAAGCAAUGCGCAUUAUACAACUCCUGUUUUUGGACUGAGCCAAAUCUCUGAGCCAGUUGAUUUCCAGAUAAGCAAUGGCGCCACGACGAUGGGUGGAUUCGAGUUGAGUCCUCAUCAGCAGGUUCUGAGGCAAUACCUGGAACCUGAGAACACAAGAGCUUAUGACUCUUCUCCUCAACAGUUCAACUGGUCUCUAUGAGUCUUUCUCUCUUUCACCCUCUAAAGACUUCUUUUCCUUAACUUGUUCAUCUGCACCAAGAGCCUUAUCUAUGGAAGAUUGCUACUAAGACUUGUCUGUUCUAUCUAUGCUACUUAAAAAUCAGACAAUGAUGGCAGAAAAUGACUUUUGUUUUGGGUAUUACUUUAAUGCUUUUGGCUCUUGAUCUUUAAGCCGUUUGUUUUUA